CGAGCGCGCGACCGUGAACUCCCUUCUCGCUGCUGCCUGUCGCGCUCGUUGCUCGCUCUCUCCUCUCUCUCUCUUUCUAUCUCUCUCACGCUCUCUCUCUCUCUCUCUCUGUCUCUCCCUUGUCGAUCCUCGAGAGCGGCUGGUCGUGCGAAAGCGCUCUCCCCAAUUAGCGCGCCACUUCGGAGCCGCCGCCCGGUCGACCGACUGGCAGCUGUACGGCCCGAUAACCUAAGCCCGGCCGCGCGCGAACAGUUGAAAGGCGCGAUGCCGGGCGGACAAGUGCUGGCGGCGCUGGCGCUGGCGCUGCUGGCGGGCCGCUCGCGAGCGUCCGGGCCGGUGGCCAAGCAUCAGAGCAACAACCACGGCAACGUCAGCGAGCUGCUGGACAACCUGCUGCGCGGCUACGACAACAGCGUGCGCCCGGACUUGGGCGGUCCGCCGGCCGUGGUGGAGGUGGACAUCAUGGUGCGCAGCAUGGGCCCCAUCUCCGAGGUGGACAUGGUGAGCGAGCGCGCCCGCACUCGCGCCCGUACUCACGCCGGCUCUCUCGCGCAGACCUACAGCAUGGACUGCUACUUCCGGCAGUCGUGGGUGGACCGGCGGCUGGCGUUCGCCGGCGGCAAGGAGACGCUGGCGCUGUCCAUCUCGAUGCUGCAGCGCAUCUGGAAGCCCGACACCUAUUUCUACAACGGCAAGCAGAGCUACCUGCACACCAUCACCUCGCCCAACAAGUUCGUGCGCCUCCACCGGGAUGGCCGCGUGCUCUACAGCUCGCGGCUCACCAUCAAGGCCGCCUGUCCCAUGAACCUCGAGGACUUCCCCAUGGACACGCAGCGCUGUCCCCUCAAGUUCGGCAGCUACGGCUACAGCAGCCGCGACGUGGUGUACCGCUGGAACAGCGCCAGGCAGGUGGCCAUCGCCCACGACAUGAAGCUCUCGCAGUUCGACCUCGUGGGCAACCCCACGGCCAACUCCACCGACUCGAGCUUCACCCAGAGUGAGUGGCCACGCACGCCCGAGCUUCGUCGCAAGGACUGUAAUAGCCGCCGGCCUUUCCAAACUGCAGAUUCGCGCGUCGCCGAGUACUCCAUGCUGCUGGUCUCCUUCCAUCUGAAGCGCCACAUGGGCAACUUCCUCAUCCAGGUGUACGGCCCGUGCGUGCUGCUGGUGGUGCUCUCCUGGGUGUCGUUCUGGCUGAACCGCGAGGCCACCGCCGAUCGCGUGUCCCUGGGUGAGUCCGCGGCGCCGUCGUCCCGCGCCGCCACGCAGCCACGUGACACUGACACCGCCGCCCGUUGCUGUGCCGAAGGUAUCACCACCGUGCUGACGAUGACCUUCCUGGGGCUGGAGGCGCGCACGGACCUGCCCAAGGUGCCCUACCCCACCGCGCUCGACUUCUUCGUCUUCUUGUCUUUCGGCUUCAUCUUCGCCACCAUCAUCCAGUUCGCCGUGGUGCACUACUUCACCAAGUACGGCUCGGGCGAGUGCUACUUCGGCUCGGAGAGCGAGCUGGAGCUCGCGGCGGCCGGACGAGCGGACGCCUGUAGCGACUCCGAGCCCGACGAGCCCAGGCAGCGCGCCGCCAGACAGCCCCGCCGGCGCGCACAGCCCAGGUACAACUCCGUGUCCAAGAUCGACCGCGCCUCCAGGCUCGUCUUCCCGCUCUUCUUUCUGGCCAUCAACCUCUUCUACUGGUUCGCCUACCUGUCGCGCAGCAAGCGCAUCGACUACUUCUUGUGAAGCUCUCGCUGCCCGCAGGUACGCGAGUCGCUCGUCGAACGGUCGUCCCGGUUAUCGCUAGUUGGCCGCGUCCCCGGUUUCCGCCCCCGCGCACAAUGCCUCUGUUCGGCCGACGGAUGGAGAUCCCGGACUGGGUCACGCGGUUCCUCGAACGCCGCGCCCCGCCAACAGUGGAGCGAUAAUUCGUCAACGAGCUGCGAUCCGCCGGACAGCUGAUCGGCCCGACAGGGCGAGCGCUAUCGAAUUAUUCGGUUCGCGGACGUCCGACGGGACGACUUGCUCUUGCCCGCUCGUCCAUCCCGCGACGAUGCACGGCCGGCGAAUAAAGUGACGACCCAGCGCUCGAAACAAUCGCGGUUCGCUUCGACGAGCGUACGGACGUUCGAAGAAAAAAGAAAGAGCAGGCGUCGUCGUAGCUCCACCGCAUGGAUGCUCGUAGCGG